AUGGUGUCGUCAAAGAGCUCGAUACAGUCUUUGAGAGCUACAUUUUCAAGUGGGCCUAGCUUAAUUUCGUUUAUGAUGGCAUUGCAGCUCGCGGAGGAGGCUCUGACCUCGUACAUUGUCUUGUUUAAGGUUGCGGAGAUAAAUUCUGGGAGGGAUUUAGAGGCGAGAUCUGGGAGGAAUACAAGAGUUGAGACGCAGAGUUCAGGGUAUAGUGUGCCUUCACAUGCUGAGUGGGCAAUUUGGAUGUGUUUGUGGAUGUGUAAUUUGGGGAUUUCUGUGCUUUUCGAGCUAAAUUUAACAGGUGUUUUUGAGAAGAGCAGCAGAAUUAAGACAAGGAUUGAAAUGGGCAAGAGAACGAGCAAAUGUUUAGUUCUUCCUGUGGAAGGAUACAUGGUGUCAAAUGUUGAAAGAAAGGAUGUUAAGUUCAGAUUCGAAGUGAAAAGGAUUAGAGGAGCGCGUUAA